AUGCCACUCACUGAAAUCGGUUGUAAUUCCUCGGAUUUGAUAGAACUUAGAGCAAGAAAACGGAAGCAGCAAGUGGAAUCUACAUCUAAACAAAGUUUAAGUCAAGAAAAUAUCAGUGACGAAAAAUGCGAAAAUAAUGCAAAUAUCUUGUUUGAAAAUUUAUUUG